AUGUUGCCGUCUCCCAUCGAUCCGAUCCCAGAUCGCGCCUUUGGCCUCAAAGCUACCAUUGACUUCGAGUUACCCGAUCAAUUUUGGUCACUGACUGCUCCGAAUUCAACCAACUCUACAAAAAAACAAGCUGCCACACCUCCACCCCAGCCCGCCACCGAUCCUCCCGCCAACCACAAACCCAUUGCCGCCCCAUCCACGAUGGCUGAUGGCGCUCUGGGCUGCGACUCCUCCUACGCCCAGCUCCCGGUCCAUUGUGACGCUGCUUACUACGAGAAAUGGAAUAGAGAGAGGCAGGAGGCUGUUGCGCGCAACGAAGAUCUCAACGCCAAAUUUCUUACCUUGGUGGCGCAGAGAGAGGCGAAUAGUGCGUCGGGACAGUUGAGGAGGUUGUUCAAGAAGGGUAGUAAGACGUACGGACAGGGGCUAACGGCAGGCGAAGAGCAGAAGGCAUGGGAGGAUAGUAUGAAGAAAGGAGUCGGUAAGAGAGGUGGCGGUGGGAAGGGGGAUGAAGUUGUGAGACGAUUGCGCGAUGUGGAGGGCGAGGCUAUACUCGAUGAAAUGACUGGAUGGAAAAGUACUCAUACGCGUCUCUAUUGA